UCUGCGGGUGGAAAAGUGGGCGUGACUUAGGAGGGAAAGCACCAGAAACCGAGCGGAGGUCCCAGCCUGGGAAAACGCCCUCUGCGCCAGCGGAGACCAGCCACGAUGCCUACCUCUGUGCCCCGCGGGACCCCUUUCCUUCUCCUAUCACCUCUACUGAUGCUGUCUGCUGUGCUGGCGGUGCCGGUGGACCGUGUGGCACCUCAUCAAGAAGACAGCCAGGCCACUGAGAGCCCGGACACAGGCCUGUACUACCACCGGUACCUCCAGGAGGUCAUCAAUGUGCUAGAGACAGACGGCCACUUCCGGGAGAAGCUGCAAGCUGCCAACGCUGAGGACAUCAAGAGUGGAAAGCUGAGUCGGGAGCUGGACUUUGUCAGCCACCAUGUCCGCACCAAGCUGGAUGAGCUCAAGCGACAGGAGGUAUCAAGGCUGCGGAUGCUGCUCAAGGCCAAGAUGGAUGCAAAGCAGGAGCCCAACUUGCAGGUGGACCACCUGAGCCUCCUGAAGCAGUUUGAACACCUGGACCCUCAGAACCAGCACACAUUUGAGGCUCGGGACCUUGAGCUGCUGAUCCAGACGGCCACCCGGGACCUUGCCCAGUAUGACGCUGCACAUCAUGAAGAGUUUAAACGCUAUGAGAUGCUCAAGGAACAUGAGAGAAGACGGUACCUGGAGUCUCUAGGAGAGGAGCAGCGGAAGGAGGCCGAAAAGAAGCUACAAGAGCAACAGCGCAGACACCGGGAACACCCCAAAGUCAAUGUCCCUGGCAGCCAAGCCCAGUUGAAGGAGGUGUGGGAGGAGUUAGAUGGAUUGGACCCCAACAGGUUCAACCCUAAGACCUUCUUCAUACUGCACGAUAUCAACAGCGAUGGUGUCCUAGAUGAGCAGGAGCUGGAGGCCCUCUUUACCAAGGAGUUGGAGAAGGUAUACGACCCGAAGAAUGAGGAGGAUGACAUGAGAGAGAUGGAGGAAGAGCGGCUUCGUAUGCGGGAGCACGUGAUGAAGAAUGUGGACACCAACCAGGACCGCCUGGUGACCCUGGAGGAAUUCCUGGCAUCCACACAGAGGAAGGAGUUUGGGGACACUGGGGAGGGAUGGAAGACGGUGGAGAUGUAUCCAGCUUAUACAGAGGAGGAACUGAGGCGUUUUGAGGAGGAGCUUGCUGCGCGGGAAGCUGAGCUGAAUGCCAAGGCCCAGCGCCUCAGCCAGGAGACAGAGGCCCUGGGGCGCUCCCAGGACCGCUUGGAGGCUCAGAAGAGAGAACUGCAGCAGGCUGUUCUGCAAAUGGAGCAAAGGAAGCAGCAGCAGCAGCAGGAACAGAAUGCUCCACUUUCCAAGCCUGAUGGGCAACUGCAGUUCCGUGCAGACACAGAUGAUGCUCCUGUCCCAGCUCCAGCAGGGGACCAGAAAGAUGUGGCUGCAUCUGAAAAGAAGGCCCCGGAGCAGCCCCCCGUGCUGCCCCAGCUGGAUUCGCAGCACUUAGGACCUCAGUGACCCCACCCCUCCUGUUCCCACAGACAGUGAUGGAAGUGUCCUUGCAGCCUCUCUGGAGGCCAGAGCCCUCUCCUGGGGAGGAGAACAGGACUUCCCUGUUCCUCAGAUGCGCUUUCGCCUGUGUCCGCUAGUCUCAGCUCUCACAGCUCCAGAUCCUGGUUCCUUCCUUCUGUCUCCUGGCUUUUCUUUUUCUGACAGGGACUCAGUGCUAGAGCUGAGGUUCCAGGAGACCCUCCCUACCUGGAGGGCUUACUCCAAGCCUGCCUUCCUGGUUUGCUUUUAGCUGCUCCAGGCUCAGCCACUUUACUUCCUGUACCUAUUGUCAGUGGGUCACAGGAGCUUGGCUUGGUCCCUCUGACUCUCUGCCUUCUGUGGGGUGAAUGAUUCCUGUCGGUAGCUGGAGGCUCAGGACAUGGACGUCCUUCAAGUAACUAACUGCCAGCUCUGCCUGGACCCCUGGCUCCCACCACCGCCUCACCAGGCUUAUCCUGACCUCCUGGGCCCAGUACCCACCCCAUGGCCCCAGAAGGUAUGGCUACACCCCAAGCUGAGGUUCAGCUUCCUGUGGGGUUCCUGAAGAUUGGUACACCCACUUCCCUGGCCUCACGCCUCACUGCUGUGUCCUGCCCUGUGCUCCAGUUUCAUCAAAUAUGGCCUGGCACAAAUAAACAUGAGAGUAUCUGUGUGUA